GAAAGACCGUUCUAGCUGAAAACCCUGUAACCUCAUUUGAGGGGUUGUUGUUUGUCAUUCGCUGCGCUCCGCUUAUCUUUCACCCGGUCAAUGGUCGCAAACUUCCGUGAGCUUCUUUUCCUUUACACCCGAAAAUAGCUUGCUUGUGAUGGCAUUUUAUGACGAAUCUGGGGCCGACUCCCAGCCAUUUGGAAGAUCUCAAAAACCCUAUGAGGGUGGAAUUGUCGGUCCACGGCGACCACGGCUUGUCACCGAUUAUGGAUCGUCACUCGUACAAUGGAUGCGCACACGGCGCCCGAGAUACAAAGGCGGCCACCGGAUGGAGACAGAAAGGCCAAGUGCAAGCUACAUAGUUGAUAUGCUGCCGCCGUUAGCACGAAUCCAUUCCCCUGUGGAUACCAUCCCCGUACGGCACCUACACCAAUCCAUUGGAAAGUCAAAGAAGCCGAUCACAGUCGUAAGAUGGACUCCGGAAGGGAGGCGUUUAUUGACGGGUGGGCACACUGGAGAGUUUAUGCUAUGGAACGGAACAGCAUUCAACUUCGAGACUGUGAUGGACGCACAUUACGACCAACUGCAAGCUGGAGUCACUUCGUUGGCAUGGUCCCACAGCCAUGACUGGUUAAUUUCGGGCGGACAAAAAGGUGAUAUAAAAUACUGGCGGCCUAAUUUUAACAAUGUCGAGACCAUUGAUGACGCGCAUCAUGAUGCGGUUCGAGAUCUUGCGUGGUCUCCCAGCGAUACAAAAUUUCUCUCCGCUUCUGACGAUACGACCCUGAAGAUCUUUGAUUUCACCUCAAGAACCGCCGAUACCGUCCUUACCGGUCACAACUGGGACGUCAAAUCAUGUGAUUGGCACCCUACGAAAGGACUACUCGUCUCUGGUUCGAAGGAUCACCAAGUCAAGUUCUGGGAUCCCCGCACGGCAAGAUGCUUGACAACACUCCAUAGCCACAAGAACACAGUAACCGCCACGAGGUUUUCACGUGUGAAUCAAAACCUUCUCGCAACAUCGUCUCGCGACCAGACAGCCAGGGUUUUCGAUCUACGUAUGAUGCGGGACAUUUGCAUUCUUCGUGGACACGAGAAGCCUGUUUCUUCUCUAACAUGGCACCCCAUUCAUAGCUCACUCAUCUCGACGGGUAGCGAAGAUGGUUCGCUGUACCAUUACCUCCUCGACGAGCCAAACGUGCCCUCUGGACAGGUUCCUACAAUUGCGCCCUACGACAGUCCGGAUCCUGCGAACACACCUGCGCAAGUCAUCUACCCUGCCCACCGGGUCCAGUACGCACAUGGCGCUACUAUUUGGUCACUGGAUUGGCAUCCACUAGGCCAUAUACUUGCGUCCGGCUCGAAAGACAACUUCACACGGUUUUGGUCUCGAGCAAGACCGGGAGAGACUAGCUACAUGAAUGAUAGGUUCCACAUAGGGGAGGAGGCCGCUGAGGCCCAGGGAACUUGGAGUAGAGGUUUCGGAAGGCGACAAAUGCGCGAGGAGGAAGAACAGGAAUUACAGGAUGAAGCCGAGAGCCUCGUUGAUCAGAGGAAGCCGACUGGAUCUGUUCUUCCCGGAAUACAGAUCGCACCUCCUGGCGGAACGCCUCACGACGGGCUAGGCUCGCAACUACUACCAGGUAUUGGCGCUCCCCAACCGCCACCAGCACCAUCAGCCGGUAUACCUUCAUCUAUGCCUCAGAUGGAUCCCAACCGCCUAGCCGCUCUGUUGUCUACUCAAGGCCCCCCUCAACCCAAUAAUAUUCCUCCGAACACGGGAUUGCCUGGGUUUCCCAUGCUUCCUGCCCUCUCCGGAACACCACCCGCCAAUGUUGACUUUGCAGAGCUUCAAAAGCAGCUCAUGUCACAGGGCAUACCACUACCACAGAAUUUCGCUCCCCAACACUUUUCUCCUUUACCGGGUACCGGAGGCCUCCCUGGUUUGCAGGGUAGCAAUACGCCCGACAAUCAUUAUGGAAGAUGACAUGCAUGUU